CAGUAAUGCCUUCACGUCCGAAGAAAAAACCAUCCAAGAAGAAACUGAAGCAUUCCACAGCACAACCCAUCAUCCACCAAUCUAAACCACCUACCCGUCAAAUCCAAGCCCCAGAAAGUUUUGUGGAAACUAAUUCAGUAGUGAAGUUUUGUUGUGUGAAAGAGUUAAGUGGUCGUGAGACUGCUUCUGUGGCUUGUCUAGUCCAUUCUUGCCCUCCUUACUUAGUGAUUAAGGAGGAAGAACAGAGGCGGAAACUUUCAGCAGUUCAUCACCAAAUGGCGGAUUCAUCCAACGGAAAGUUGGAGGAGACUCCGGAAGUUCAAGAGGGGGAGGUGGUUGAAUCUGUAAGGGAUAUAGCUAUUGAUGACUAUUCGCUAGAGCAUGCGAAAAAGGCGCAUGAAGAGCCGGCUGAAGCUGCUGAGGAGACUCCUGCAGUAGUGGAAUCCGGUGAAGUGGUGGAAGAGAAAGAAGAAGAUGUUGUUCAGGUUUCGGUUGUUGAGACAGAAACUUCUCUUGUUGAUGAUGAUGUUGUUGAACCAGAAGUAGAGGAAGGAAAAGAGGAGGAGAAGCAGUAUGUGCCGUCUGUGGAAGAGACUGAUGAACCUUCUCCAGUUGUGGAAGAUAUUGUGUCAGAGGAGAUUGAGGAGAAGACAUUGAUAGAUUUGGUCUCUAAUGGGGUUGAGGAAUCAACAUUACCGUCUUUAAGUGAGGACAUAACCAAUGUGGUGUCGAAAGGAGUUGACGAAACUGAAGUGCCUUGUUCAGAGGAGAAGGAUGAUGAGGUUGUUUUAGCUGUUGCAGAUGUCGUUUCAAAGGGAAUUGAAGAAGUGCAAUUGCCAGUUGUUGAAGAGAUUAGUACUGGGGAGUCAUCAGGUCCUGAUUACAAGGUAACUGGUGAAAAUGUUGAUGAGGAUUUCUUGAAACCGUCGCCUGAGGUUCUGGCUCCACCUCCAGUUGAAUCAACUGAUGCUGGAGAAGGGUAUGCCGAUCGGGACAUAUCUGAAACUGCAGAAAAACCGUCUAUUGUAUCUGUGACUAGAGCUCCCCUGCAACCUACUUCAUGGAGGAGUUGCUGUGGACUUUUCGAGGCUCUGCGCCGAUCUGAUAGAUGAUUCAAGCGAUGAAAGGAACCGAAACAUGGAUGAUGAAGCUCACAGAGCGCUAAGAUGAUAUAGGGAGUUGAAGAUUCGGAGUGAUGCAUAUUUGGUUUGGCGUGUGGAGUGAAACUACUAAUUUACUUACCAGUAGGCUUUUUCUACUAUCCUGCAUAUUACCCGAGAAAUAUUCCUUCUCACAAGUUUUCUGUACUACUUUGAUGCCUGAUGUGCUCAAGAGGCUUUUUCUUCUGUAUUUGUGUUAGACCGUUAAAACUUCCUAUGAUUGUUGGUACAUAUUGUACCGGAUAGCUUAUUAGCAAAUGUAUACGAGGUCAUUUUGGAUGAGUUUCGA